AUGGAUCCCAAACUCACAGGUCAAAUUCUUGCUCAAACAGUCAAACAUUUCAUUAAAGCCAAUAACUUAGACUCAAAACUAUGUGUGGGCAUUGGUACUGAUACGUGUAACCUAAUGUUAGGUGAACAAAAGGGCACUGUAAUGGAAUUACAAAAAUGCUCUAAAAAGCCCAUGCGCAAAUCAUACGUUGAAUCUUUCGACUUCAAAAAGCAGCAGUGUCCAUGCAUUGUACAAGAAAGAGGCGCAAAUUCCGAAAAACACUUUAGAAUACUAUUCGCAUCUAUAAUGAAAUCACAUGCAACCCUAGGUGUUGAACUGUCUGUGCCAAGAAUAACAAGCAGGCAAAUAAACAGACCGAACAUAGUUACGUCUGACAAGGAAAAUCAUUACAGACUGAACCUAUAUGUCCCUUUGCUAGACAAUAUAUUACAGGAUUUGGUAUACCGGCUCAAUGAAGAAUCUUUGAAUACGAGUUCUAGCCUAUUCGGCCACGAGAGUGAUAUAAACAUGCUCAAAUUUAUAAUAAAACAUAUAGAUCCGCUGCUAGCAAUAUUGUAUAGAUCCACAUACAUACAGGUAACAGGGCCCUACUCAAAACCAGGAAAUUAUAAUAGAAGAACCAAGAUUAGGGAGGAACGGGGAUACACGUUUCACGUCAAGGUGCCGGUCAUGACGACUUUAAAGACAGACAACACAGGCAACGGUUGGUAG